AAUACUUUUUAAAAACGGAUAUCAACUAUUAAAAAAAUAAUAAUAAAACACACAAAUGUCGUCGAAACAAAGUUUUAAUACAUUUUUAAUAAUUAGCUGUUAUUUAAUUAAUAUUAUUAAUACACAAUUGUUAAUUAAUGUAAAAAAUCAGGGUGGAGAUGUUGUCCAGGAAAAUAUUGCAGCAAAUGUUACAGACAGUACAGUAAUAUUAGAAUUUCAACGUUCUGAUGGCACAUUAGUGACACAGUUGAUUGAUUUUGCAAGUGAUGUACAAAUUUUAAAAGCCUUGGUAUUGGGCGAAGAAGAGCGGGGACAAAGCCAAUAUCAAGUAAUGUGUUUCGUAUGUCAUUUUCAAAAGAAUGAAUUUAUCUCAGCGGAUGCAAUGUCUAAAUUAAGACAAAAAAAUCCAGGCACUGUCAGAAUGCCUGAAGAAGAUCGAGGACGAGAUAAUUAUACAAUGGAUUAUUUUGUUGAUAUAUCCAGAUCCGGUGUUAUUUCACGUCAUAUUGCUACCUUAUGUGCUGAAGCAGCGAAUGCUACGUAUAUAAGACGGCAGGAUUUGUUACUAUGGGCUUCACAACCAGGUGCAUCGGAAUCACAACUAAUGUCAGCGGUACGUGCAUUUCCUGGUGGUUCAAUGGUCCCAUCUUGUAAAGAUACAACUUCAAUAAAGUUACCAUGUCAAUGCCAUAUUGAAAUGUGUAUUGGCUGGUAUCCAUGUGCACUAAAAUACUGUAAAGGCAAGGAGGAAAUUAUGAAUGCAUCAAUGUCGUAUCGUUGUGGUAUUAAAACAUGUAAAAAAUGUUUUCUAUUUUCGUAUUUUGUUCAUCAAAAGCAAGUAUGCCUAUGGGACGAGUAAUAAUUAAAUUUGUGUAAGUUAUUUGGCUAUCUAUAGUCACUUAAACAGAGUUUGGCCCAAGUGUGUUUGUUGAGUAUAGAUUAAAAAUUGUUAGUUGAGUUCUAGCUUAUAAGAAAAUGAAAUUAAUUCAACCGAAUAUAUGUUUUAAUCGGUGGAAUGAAUCAGACUCUGUUUUAAGGACUUUGAUCUAAUACUAUCGUGUUCUUUCUCAGACCAAAAUCGAUGAAACAAUAAUGUUACAACAAUA